GAGAAGAGUAACGCAGCCACGAGCGGAACCAGCGAAACUGGAAUUCGAGGAAAUGCACUGGAACUGGCAGGAACUGGAAGCGGGGGAAGUUCGAGAAGGUUUCUUCCCCAUAUCCAAAUGGAGACCCGCGCCACGGACCAGGCACCACCUCACAAUCCUUCUAGAGCACAACUACAGCAAACGUCCACACUGCAGUCCGCAGCUCCAGCCGGCAGUACAGGCACCAGCUCCUCCGCAUCAGCAGCACCGGCACUAGAGAAAAUCAACAGACUAAGACGGAGCCCCCCCAGUCUGACUGUAAAUCAGGUUUCAGGCUCCCCACGUGCUGGUAGUGGUGACAAACCAGAGGAAGCACCGUCUGCUCCGGCAGCUCCAAGCCAGGCCUGCGGGGCAUCAGCUGCCAGGGAUGGAACGCUCUGCGUCGCUCCCUCCACAGCGGAUACCAACACAAACCAAACCAAGGUAGCACCUACGGCCUCGGGAGGGACCAGCUCAGAUGUUCCUCAAAGCAAAUCUCCGUCCCCUCCGAUGCCUUCGCUGACAUCCACGAGCUCCGAAGCCCAGGCUGGAGGUGUGGUCACAUCAGCUCCAUCUGUCCCACCCUCUAACACUUCCUGCAUUGCACCUACCCUUAAAACUCACGCAAGUUCAAGCUCAAGUGGGGCCCUCCCAAAGCCAAGCUCCAGUAUUCCUGCUAACAACCCUUUGGUCACCCAGCUUCUUCAAGGCAAGAGUGUCCCUCUGGAGCAAAUCCUGCCCAAGCCUCUCACCAAAGCAGAGAUGAAAACCGUCCCGUUAGCUUGUCAUGAAGAAAAAGGGGCGGCGGCGGCAGCAUCCAGGGCUCCAAGCGUAGCAGGGAACACUGCUGGAGCCGAGGGUGGUGACAGACAAUCGUGUUUGCCCACACAACAGCUUGAGAAGAUCUUUUGCCAGAACAGGUCUCUGCCUCACAUUCCAAGGACCUUUCCACUCCCCUCAGGAAAGGACCCAAGUCUUGACCAGCACCCGUGCCACGAGGCGCUCAGCAAAACAACGCAGGAGCAGAUCCUUCAGACUCUUAUCAAGAGGGUCCAGAGGCAGAAUUCGUUGUCCGUCCUUCAGCCUUCACAACUGAACCUCACUCACUCAGGUUUCCAGUUAGAAAACAGCUCCACCAGCCAGAGAUUUACACUGGGUUUCAUGGGCAGAAGGACAUCCAAGCCUGCAAUGUCUGGUCAUUAUCUGCUCAACAUUUCCACCUAUGGUCGUGGUUCAGAGAGUCUGAGGAGAGGCUUCUCCUUGAACCCUGAAAACCGCUUGUGUCCAAACAGUCCUGCUGAUGCUCCAAAAACAGAAUUUGGGGAGUGUGAGGAGACAGCUGGCCACGGCAGCAGCAGCGAUGAAGGAGAUGCAGAUGAUGAGAGCACUGGUGAUGAACGUGAACAUAGCAGUGUAAAAGAGGAGCCCCAGGCUUCUGCUCAGCGUGAAAAAGAGCAGGUAUCACAUAGCAUAAAUUCUUCAGAUUACAGCACCCCUGCUAAAAAGGGUGUAAAGACAGAAGCAGCCGCGUCUCAGCCAGCGGCACUCAACAAGGAGAGAAUUCAGGCAUUCGAUGGAACUACGUUAGCACGAGAUUUUAUUCAAGCCGCUCAAGAGCAAAUGGCACAUGCGAUGAGGGGGAAAACGCGCAGCAGCCCGGAGCUUUUCAGUGCUUCUGCACCGUCCGCAGACUCCGCACAGCAGCAGCCUCCACUGCUCUCUCCUUCGCACCCUCCAAAGCUCUCUGGAAACGCUGCCGCGCCGCUCAUUGGGCCCAGCUACAGCGGCACGAUAAAUGUCUCCACCUCGCCAGACGUGAACCAAGGGUCCCUUAUGACCGGGCUGUCGGAAUGCAAUCAGCUGUCCAGCAGCAUGGGGAACGUCAUGUCCUUUUCCGUGACUGUAACCACCAUUCCCACCGGCCAGGCUAUGAACUCUGGCAGCCACAGUCAGACCAUCCCCGUUCAGGCCUUUGCUGAAGACAACGGCAUGGAGGAUUCCCCUUCCAAAUGUUACUGCAGGUUGAAAGCCAUGAUCAUGUGCAAGGGCUGCGGCGCCUUCUGCCAUGAUGAUUGCAUUGGCCCCUCUAAGCUCUGUGUCUCCUGCCUCGUCGUGCGGUAACCGGGACGGGAAGUGGGGAAGAGGAUGGCUUGGUUUUGGUUUUGUUUUCGGAAGUACGUUGGGAAGAAACAGGAAGUUUACUGCCUUGCACAAGAGACACGUUACUGAAUCAGGAAUACAGAGUAGAGUUCUUCUUU